AUGUUUGCCUUCACCUCAAUUGGUGGUAAAGUUGAUUGUGGUUUGAAUGAUGGUCGUGGACCUCCUCAAUUUGUUAUAAGUGGCCAAAAUUAUCAUCGAAUUGGCAGUUUACUUCCAUCCGAAGGUGAUAAUCCAAAAUUUGCUCAAUUGUACAUAUAUGAUACGAGGAAUGAGAUCCAUAACAGAAUGAAGCAUUUUAGUGAUUAUGAUGGUAAAUGCAAUCUUGAGCCUGGUUUAGUGGUGGACUUGCUUAAGAUGGUUGAUGAGCACAAUGUUUUAGCCAAGUCAUUUAGAAGUGUAAGAGAUCAUGUUGAAGAAUUUGAUUCCAAUGAGGUUGCUUUAAGGUUAUUUAGGAAUCGUGUUAAUGAUUCCAAUACAUACAAUCUCCCAAGCGUAGAUGAAGUUACUGCUUUAAUUGUUGGUGAUUUUGAUAGUUCUGACUGUGGUCGUGAUGUUAUUCUACGCUCAACAAGUGGUAAGUUAGAAAGAAUCUUUGAGACUCAUUCAUCAUUUUUGCCCUUACAAUAUCCAUUGUUGUUCCCAUAUGGGGAGGGAGGAUUUUCAAAUGAAAUUGAGUUUGGUGGCGUUAACUUCAAUAGUGAAAUCUACAAGCGAGAGAACAUGUCAAUGCGUGAAUGGGUUUCAUUUAGGCUUCAGGAAAGACAAUUUGAGUGCAGGAGAAUAACAUUGUCUCGGCGUUUGCUGCAACAAUUUGUUGUUGAUUGCUACUCAAUGAUUGAAUCCAAUAGGUUGCAUUACAUAAGGUACAAUCAGGACACUAUUCGUAGAGAUUUUUUAUCAGGGAUUGAGGACGCUAUUACUCGUGGUGAUACUGAUGCCUCAACAGUUGGCUCUAGAAUAUUCCUUCCUUCAUCUUUUACUGGGGGUAGGCGGUAUAUGUUUGAUAAUUGCCAAGAUGCUAUGGAUAUUUGUGGAACUUACGGAUAUCCUGAUUUGUUUCUUACAAUGACAUGCAAUCCUAAGUGGCCUGAGAUUGAUCGGCAUGUUUCAAGAUAUUUUUUGUCAGCGUAUGAUCGUCCAGAUAUAUCAUGUCGAGUCUUUCGUAUGAAAUUGGCGCAACUAAUGACAGAUCUCAAGAAAGGGGAGUUUUUUGGGAAGGUCAUUGCUGGUAUGUAUAGCAUUGAAUUUCAGAAGAGAGGUUUACCACAUGCUCACAUUUUGUUGUGGCUUGGUCUUGGGGACAAGCUUAAAACUACUGAAAUGAUAGACUCGGUUAUAUGUGCUGAGCUACCAGAUCCUGAUCUCUACCCUGAAUUGUUUGAUUGUGUGUCAAAUUAUAUGGUUCAUGGACCUUGUGGACUAAGUAGGAAGGAAACUCCUUGCAUGAAGAAUGACCGGUGUUCCAAAUUUUUCCCGAAAAAAUAUGCAGAUGCUACAUCAUUUGACAAUGAUGGGUAUCCUAUUUAUAGGAGGAGGAACACUGGGAUUUCAACCAACAGAAGGGGAGUUGAUUUAGACAAUGGUUUUGUUGUGCCAUACAAUCCCAAACUGCUUAUGAAAUACCAAGCUCAUAUCAACAUUGAGUAUUGCAAUAAGUCAAACUCUAUAAAAUACCUGUUCAAAUAUGUACACAAAGGAGUUGAUAGAGUAACAAUGUCUAUGUCUGCUGGUAAAAAUAAUCAUGAUCAGAAAGCUGAAGUGGAUGAAAUCAAACAAUAUUUUGAUUGUAGAUACUUGUCUCCAUGUGAAGCUGCAUGGAGAAUUUUCAAAUUUGAAAUCCACCAUAAAUGGCCACAUGUUCAGAAACUCACGUACCAUUUACCUAGGAAGCAAGUUGUUUUGUUUAAGGAAAAUCAAUCAAUCGAAGAGGUACUUAAGAAGAACGAAGUUAAGAACAGCAUGUUCCUAGCGUGGAUGGAGGCCAAUUCUAAGUAUCCGGAGGGUAGAGAGCUAACAUAUGUUCAGUUUCCAGGAUCAUUUGUUUAUGAUCCGAGUAGCAGAUCAUGGCAUCCGAGGAAACAGGGUUUGACUAUUGGGCGAAUAAAUUUUGUGCCCCCUGGUUCAGGUGAAUUAUAUUACUUGAGGUUGUUGUUGAAUGUGCAAAGAGGUUGUACAAGCUUUGAAGAUUUGAGAUCAGUUAAGAGUAAUGUACAUGACAGUUUCCGUGAUGCAUGUGUCUCAUUGGGGUUGUUGAAGGAUGAUGGUGAGUAUAUUAAUGGUAUAUUGGAUGUGGGAACCAUAUCUUCGGGAUUAUAUUGUAGAGGCUUAUUUGUUUCAUUCCUAUUAGCAAAUUCCAUGUCUAAUCCCCUCAAGGUAUGGAAGGAAACUUGGCAUGUACUGGUUGAUGGAAUCCUUUAUGAUUUACGAAAGAAACAUAAUAAUAAAGAAUUGAAUAUUGAUGAGGAAGAAUUGAAGGGUUUGUGCUUAAUGGAGAUAGAGAAAGUGUUGAUGGUAAAUGGAAGAUCAUUGAAAGAUUACUCUAACAUGCCACAAGUUGAUCCUAAUAUUCUGAACCAGUAUGGUAAUGUUCUAUUAUUCAAUGAGCUUAACUUUGAUAUUAUUGAGAUGAAGAAAUUGCACCUUGAUUUUUUCAAUAAGAUGAAUAGUGGGCAAGCUAAGGUAUACGAUGAGAUUAUUUCUGCGGUGAAUAAGGAUAAUGGCGGUUUUUUCUUUGUUAAUGGUCAUGGUGGAACAGGCAAAACAUUUUUAUGGAAAACAUUGACUUACAGGCUUAGAUCAGAGGAAAAAAUUAUAUUGAAUGUUGCUUCAAGUGGCAUAGCUUCUUUGUUACUACCUGGUGGUCGAACCGCACAUUCACUUUUUUGCAUUCCGCUUAAUGUUAAUGAAGAUUCAUGUUGUGGGAUUGUUCAAGGUAGUCCAAAAGCUGAGUUACUUCAGUUAACCAGUUUGAUUAUUUGGGAUGAAGCACCAAUGGUUAGUAGAUAUGCGUUUGAAGCAUUGGACAAGUCAUUGAGAGAUAUCAUGAGAGUCAUUGAUCCCGAAAACUUUGAUCUACCAUUUGGGGGCAAAGUUGUUGUCCUAGGUGGCGAUUUUAGACAAAUUUUACCAGUUAUUCCCAAGGGUAGUAGAGCUGAGGUUGUUAUGGCUACCAUCAAUUCAUCCCGCUUGUGGAGAUUCUGCAAGGUUCUCACAUUAACAGAAAACAUGCGUUUGCUUGGUAACUUGAACAAUCUUGAGGUUGAAGAGGUUAAGUAUUUUGCCAAAUGGGUUCUUGAUGUUGGAGAUGGUAAUUUAGGAGACUAUAAUGAUGGUGAAUCUUUUAUAAAAGUGCCUGAGGAAACAUUGAUCCAACAGUCAUCCAAUCCUGUGUUUGAUAUUGUACAAACUAUGUUUCCCAAUAUUCUUCAGAAGAUUGGAUGUGCUGAGUAUUAUCAAGACAAGGCUAUACUUGCUCCUACAUUGGAUGCAGUUGAUAUGGUUAAUAAAUAUGUGUUGUCACUAUUUCCUGGUGAGGGGACGACCUAUUUAAGCUCUGAUUCAGUAUGGGGUAUCGAUGAAGAGCUUGGCAUUGAAGCUGAUUGGUUGACAACUGAAUUUCUUAAUGAUAUCAAGUGUUCUGGUAUUCCAGAUCAUGAGUUGGUGUUGAAGAUAGGAACUCCUGUGAUGCUCAUGCGAAAUCUAGAUAUAUCUACUGGAUUAUGCAAUGGAACUAGGCUUAUUGUUAACCAUCUUCGUCCAAAUGUUGUUGGAGGUAUUGUCAUCUCUGGCACACAUGCUGGUAGGCAAACUUUCAUUGGUAGGAUGAACAUGAUUCCAAGUGAUCAGAGUAUGCCCAUUAGGUUUCAAAGAAGACAAUUUCCUCUUCUUGUCUCAUUUGCCAUGACUAUUAAUAAGAGCCAAGGUCAAACACUAUCAGAUGUUGGUGUUUAUUUGCCAAGUCCUGUUUUUUCACAUGGGCAGUUGUAUGUUGUUGUUUCUCGUGUGAAGACGAGAUCUGGUUUGAAGAUCCUAAUAUGCAACGAGGAUGUUAGGGAACGAGAUGUAACAAAAAACAUUGUUUAUAAGGAGGUUUUUCAAAAAAUCUACAAUUGA